GGAUGUGAGAGAUCUGUCUACCAGGACCACCUCCCUGGAGCAGCAACAGGAAGAGCUGGCCUCCACACAAAUGGAUAUGUCUGGGCACCUACGGGCCCUACAAAAUCAAAUGGAACAAAUGGAAGCCCGAGUAGCAGAUCAGGAGGACAGGGCCCGGCGCAACAAUCUGAGGCUGCGGGGAGUCCCAGAGACCAUCCUACCUGAUGACCUGCCAGCCUACGUACACGGCCUCCUCAAUGCCUAUGCCCCGGAUGUCCGCACAGACAUGCUCCUGGUCAACAGAGCCCACCGGGUGUCAAAACCGAAACAUAUACCUGAAGCAACAUCCCGGGACGACCUGAUGAGAAUACACUACUACCACAUAAAGGAAACGAUUCUCAGGAAGCAUCGCAGCAAAGCGCAUAGUGCGUAUUAUG